GGCUCAACACUCUGCUUUUAGACAAGUUUAUUCCUCCUACCAGGCUGUUUUAUUCCUCAUUCCUGCUUCGGACUCAACUGCAGUCAUUUGCUCAGAAACUGAACAUUUUUUCUCGCUUCUAACUCUUUGGCAUAGGCUACGCACGUGAAUCAACGCAGAGAUGGCUGGUAGAGGAACAGUGAAGCCCCACAGUGGAUUCAAUGCCGAUAGUGAUGCUGAGGUUCUUUACAAGGCCAUGAAAGGAUUUGGCACUGAUGAGGAUGUUAUUCUGAAGCUGUUGACGGCACGAAGUAAUGCUCAGCGCCAACAGAUCAAAGCUGCGUUCAAAACUCUACAUGGAAAUGACUUGGUGGAUAAUUUGAAGUCAGAGCUUGGUGGGAAGUUUGAGACUCUGAUUGUAGCUCUGAUGACUUCUCCCAUCAUGUGUGAUGUCACAUAUCUGCGGGAUGCCAUUAAGGGAGCGGGCACAGAUGAGAAAGUGUUGAUUGAGAUCUUGGCAUCUAGAUCAGCUAAUGAAGUCAAUGAAAUUAAAAGUGUAUAUAAGCGAGAGUAUAAUGACGACCUGGAGAAAGAUGUUACUGGUGACACUGAAGGUCAUUUCAAGAGGAUGCUGGUUGUUUUGCUGCAAGCCAGCAGAGAGCAGGGUAUACAAGAGGGCCUCAUCCAAACUGAUGCCCAGGCUCUGUUUGCUGCAGGAGAACAGAAGUAUGGCACUGAUGAAGACAGGUUCAUCACUAUUCUGGGAAACCGUAGUGCUGCUCACCUUAGGAGAGUGUUUGAGGAGUAUAGAAAACUUGCAGGCUAUGAUAUUGAAGAGAGCAUCCAGAGAGAGACCUCAGGAGGUCUGAGAGAAUUGCUGUUGGCAGUAGUGAAGUGUGUCCGCAGUGUUCCGGCUUAUUUUGCUGAGUGUCUUUACAAUGCUCUGAAGGGGGCAGGCACCGAUGACCAGACGUUGAUUAGGCUCAUGGUGUCCCGCAGUGAGGUAGACAUGCUGGAUAUACGUGCUGAAUUCCGCAAGAUGUUUUCCACCUCUCUGCACAAAAGUAUUCAGGGCGAUACCUCAGGUGACUACAGCAAAACCAUGCUGCUUCUUUGUGGUGGUGAUGAUGCAUAAGCCCAGCUGGCACCUCUGCCUGGGUCAUGAUCCUGUUACACCCAUCUCAGAGGGCAGCUUUAUGGGACCAAGGGCACAUUCCCCUUCUGAACCCGAACCAGGACAACACCCUCCCUCCCAAAACAUUACGUUUGAAGGAUCUCAACAGUGAACACACAUUGCAGAGCACAAUAUUACUAUUGCAAUUCAAAUAAGCAAUAAGUGAAUUAUUAUUAUAUAUAUAGAUCUGUGUGAAAAGUAAUAUAGUAGAAACAGAAGUUUACAGUCAAAAAUCUUUUCCCCAUAUUUACCGACUCAGAAAAAUAUUUUUCCUUUUCUCUGUUUAAAGAUAUGGCUUUAAACCUUGUAUGACUUGUGGUGGUGCCACAGAAAAAGAAAGUCCUACUCAUUUUAAAGAAGAAAAUGCAAGCAUUAUACAGUUUGUGAAAAUGAUUAUUAACCCAGCUCUAUGUUUACAGUUAAUCCACAGUUAAAAUUGGUCCACAUGCUAAUCAAAAAUCUUUUCACAUAUUUAAUGGCUCCUAAAAAUAUUUUCCCUUUUUCUGUUUAAAGAUAUUAAUCAUAUUUAUUGCUUGUGUGCUCACCAACUACCUUAAUUUCAGUGACUCAUAGUAACGUGUCUCAUAAUUGCCGUUAUUAGCAUGUUUUGUGUUCGUUUUAAUCAGUCUAGAUUUGUGGUAUUUAAAGGAUAUGAUUUGCUGUUUUUUUUUUUAUAUCAAUAGGACAAAUAGGACAAAAAAGAACAUUUGAAAAAUGUUCAGCUUAAAGUUUAAACAUACUGGCAGUGAUAUUGCACAAUGAUAUUGAACUACCAGCAACAGUUUACGAUUAGCAAAAUACUUUACAUAAGGGUGAGCCUCUCCUUUAUGUUGGUUCUGAAUUUAAGGUUACAAAUAAUAAAUAAAAGCUGAAGUAAAAAAAAAAAAAAAAGGUGCUUCUACUUAAGUCUUAAUAUUUCAUUUCCACAAUGUUCACAAUAAACACUCAAAUAUGAGCAAACAGA